UGAAUAUUGUCGAACUUCUGUAUAUACCGUGACUAAGGACUGUCCACUUCAAGUCUGUAUUCACAAUUAAAAACCAAGGUCGUCUUGACUCGGGCAUCUGGAUCCCUGCCUUGAAGGCCCCUAGGGUUGGCAAGACAGCUAUUGUGUGUGGCAGGGUGUUCCACAGGCGGAUGGCCGAAAAGAAGAUGAGUCUUGAUCCGGGAGUGCUGCACACGAUGAAUCUAGAUCUCAUUAAAUAUCAGUACUAAUUAAGACAUUUUAACUAUAGUUAACUCAAAUUGUUGAUUUAUGUUGUUGUUCUGUAUAAUAAUUUGGCUGUGUAUAUACAUGUAUUAAACAUGUAUUACCGGUAAACUAAAUACUCUCUUUUCUGUUUUCCAGGCUGUUUGGGCUGGCUGGGGCCAUGCUUCAGAGAAUCCCAAGUUACCAGAACUACUCCAUAAAAACAGAAUCAUAUUUAUUGGUCCACCAGAGGGACCUAUGUGGGCCCUGGGAGACAAGAUUGCCUCCUCUAUUGUAGCCCAGACUGCUAAGGUCCCCACCAUGCCAUGGAGUGGAUCAGGUUUGACCCUGAACUACUCUAAGAGUGACAAUAAGCCAGUGAACGUGCCCCAGGACCUGUACAGGAAGGGGUGUGUCGUCGACAUGGACGAGGGUCUGAAAUCGGCCAAUAAGAUCGGGUUUCCUGUCAUGAUCAAAGCCUCGGAGGGAGGGAGAGGGAAGGGCAUCAGGAAGGCAGAGAAAGCAGACCACUUCCCCAAUCUCUUCAGACAGGUGCAGGCUGAGGUUCCGGGAUCCCCCAUCUUCAUCAUGAAGCCGGCGACACACGCCCGUCACCUGGAGGUUCAGAUCCUGGCGGAUAACUACAGUAACGCCAUCUCCCUGUUUGGGAGGGACUGCUCCAUCCAGAGGAGACAUCAGAAGAUCAUAGAGGAGGCCCCCGCCUCUAUAGCCAAACCCGAGGUGUUCGAAAAGAUGGAACAGGCUGCGGUGACCCUGGCUAAGAUGGUGAGGUACGUCAGUGCCGGUACGGUGGAGUACGUACCUAUAUAACGAGGAGACGGAGACGUUCCACUUCCUGGAACUCAAUCCAAGACUACAGGUGGAACAUCCGUGUACGGAGAUGGUGGCCGACAUCAACCUACCGGCCGCACAG